AUGGAGGAUUUUUCCAUGUUUAUUGAUGUGUUAGAGCUAUUUGAUCUUCUGGUGGUAGGAAAUAAAUUUAUGUGGAUAAACUCCAAUGGGAUUUUUAAAAGCAUAUUUGAUAGAUUCCUUAUAUCAAAAGUGUUGAUUAAGGAAUGGUGUGUGAUGGUGCAUCAUGUUGGCAAGCGUGAUAUCUCGGAUCAUAGAUCGAUUUGGUUGAGAGCUAGUAAGACCAACUGGGGGCCAAAACCGUUUAAGGUCUUUAGAUGUUGGUUUGAUCAUUCUGGUUUUUUAGAUUUUGUGAGCAACGUUUGGACUGAUGUUGAGUUUAUGGGUAGCAGCAGCCAGGUUCGAGUGAAGAAAUUUAAGCUUUUUAGAGAGAGGUUGAGAUGGUGGAACAUCAAUGUGUUUGGAUGGGUGGAUUUGAAAAUAGAAGAAGAGGUGGAUACAUUGAACAGGAUCAAAGAUUAUAUGUCAGUCAGCAGAGGAGUUACGUUGGAGGAUCAAUUGUGUGCGAGAAGUAAGGCACAAAAUCUGAUUUGGAACAAUCUCUUAAGGAAAUUAUGUUACAGUAGAAAUCAAGGUUGA